AUGGGAUCUAACGGAGUGACCACCAAUGGAGAGCCUGCUGCUCUGAUCGCCAGGUUGCAGCGCCUUGCUUCAAGGCUCAGCGAUGGAUCCGACCAGGAAGCUAGAAGAGAGUGUUUGCAGCUCAGUAGAGCUCUUACUGCCCAGCUAGAGCAACCAGAGAACAUAGCUGUUGACAUGGCCUUUUCGCCCAUGGUUGCUAGUACAGUCAGAAUUGCUGUCGACUUAAAUCUGUUCUCACACAUUGUCAAGAACGAGCCCGUUACCUCUGCCAAGUUGGCUGAGUUGUCUGGUGCAGAUGAGCAUUUGAUAGUCCGUGUCUUACGACCCUUGACAACCCAUCAUUUUGUUGAAGAGCUUUCUCCGAAGACAUGGAAGGCAUCGCGUAUUACUCACGCUAUGACUAUUGAUGGAAUUGCCUCUGGUCAUCGAUUACUCUCCCAGCUGGUUGUUCCUGCAAUUCAAAGCGCUCCUGAAUACAUGCAGGAAAAAGGGUAUUCCUGCCCAUCCGAUCCAAAGAACGGACUUGUUCAAUAUGCUUUCAAAACAGAGAAAUCUGCCUUUGAGCGUAUUAGUUCCAUACCAUCCUUGCUUAAGGACUUUAACACCUUUAUGGGCAGUACAAUGGGUGCUCGUACAUACUGGAUUGAUUGGUAUCCGGUGAAGAGUCGACUUCUAGAUGGUGCAUCCCCUGACAAGGCUUUGCUUGUGGAUGUAGGCGCAGGAAAGGGCCAUGACCUGUUGGCAUAUAAGGAGAAGUUUCCUAACACUGGCAGACUAGUUUUGGAAGACUUGCCUGCAGUUACAAAUGCGAUUGAAGGCUUGGAUUCGGCGAUUGAGAAGAUUUCUUACGAUUUCUUCACGGAGCAGCCGAUCAUUGGUGCGAGGGCCUAUUUCUACCACCAUAUCUUACAUGACUGGUCCGAUGAGCAGUGUCUUAAGAUUCUUGCAAGGGUUGCAUCCGCGAUGACACCAGGAUAUUCAAAGCUUCUCCUUCACGAAAUGAUUAUCCCUGAAGUAGGUGCUUCCCAUUUCCAAGCCAUGCUGGAUAUGACAAUGAUGGCCUUUAAUGGCGGUAUGGAACGUACAAAGCAACAGUGGACUGCGCUUUUGGGUAAGGCAGGCCUUAAAGUUGUUCAAUUCUGGGACCCAGCAGAAGAAGGUGGUGAUGGAAUUGUUGAGGCCAUGAAGGCAUAG